GGCGGGGGCUUCACCAGGGCCAGCGCCGGCUGCGGCGAUGGGAUCCUAUUUGCUAACAACGAAAAGGCGACGAUGCAAAACCUCAACGACCGCCUGGCUUCCUACCUGGACAAGGUGCGGCUCCUGGAAGGAGACAAUGCCGACCUGGAGUGCAAGAUCAGGGAGUGGUACGCCAAGGUGGGGCCCAGCUGCGAGCCCCGUGACUACAGCUGCUUUCACAAGGAAAUUGAAGACCUGCAAAACCAGAUCCUCUGCGCAGCCAUGGAUACCAACAAAAUCCUGCUCAGCAUCGAUAACAACAGGAUGACUGCAGACGACUUCAGAGUGAAGUACGAGACCGAGUGUGGUCUCCGGCAAAAUGUGGAUGCGGACAUCUGCAACCUGCGCCCCGUCCUGGACCAGCUGGCCAGCUGCAAGACCGACCUGCAGCUGCAGUGCGAGGCCCUGACGGAGGAGAUGUGCUGCCUCAAGACCAACCACGAGGAGGAAAUGAGCUGUCUGAGGAAGCAGGCAACCGGAGAUGUGAGUGUGGAGGUCAACGCCUGCCCUGGCCCAGACCUGAGGAAGAUCCUGGAGGACCUGAGGUGCCAAUAUGAGAUGCUGAUGGAGCGCAACCGCAAAGAGACUGAGCAGUGGUACGCCUGCAAGGUGGAGGAGGUGAAUCUGGAGGUGAUCACAAGCAGCCAGGAGAUCGAGUCAAGCAACAAACAAGUCACUGAGCUGAGACGUCAGCUGCAGGCCCUGGAAAUCAACGUCCAAGCCCAGCUCACCAUGAAAGAAAACCUGGAGUCCUCUCUGGCGGAAACCGAGUGUCGCUACAACAAAUACCUGGCUGAGCUGCAGAGCCAGAUCUCCUGCGUGGAGCAGCGGCUGGCAGAAAUCCGCGCAGAGAUGGAGUGCCAGAACCAGGAGUACAAAACCCUGCUGGAUGUCAAAUGCCGCCUGGAGCAGGAGAUCCAGACCUACCACUGCCUGCUGGAGGGCGGGCAGCAGGACCUCAUGUACGCAGAGCACGGACAGACCCGCGCACAGUAAAAUUCAUGCUUUGACUUACAGAGAUACGAAAAUGUGUGAUACAAACGGUAAAAG